UUGUCUAUGGUUACAAUUCAAAUGGAGGUGUUUACGUGAAAAUGUAAAUUUUUAAUAAAUUUAUUUUCUCUAAAAAAAUUAUUCAUAACACAUUAUUUCAAAGAAUUGGCAUCGUCUUAGUGAAAACCUUUUGUUCAAGUUAUUUCAUUAAAGAAAAUCGCGAAGGAUCUGUGUAAAAUAUUGACAAAUGACAAUAUUUUAGUGUGACACGAAAAUGUAAAGAUGAAUCUAUUGAUCUGAUGAAUCAUCGUGAAUUAUAAAGUUUUUGUAAUAAACGUUCAAGAAUUUGUGAAAGUUGUUUUGUGUAACACAAGAAACCACAGUAAUCACUAAGGUUUCCUGUGUUACACAACAUUUAAAAUUGUGUGCCAGUCAGUAUUCAUAACAUGAAUUUCUGAUACUGCUUCAUGGCUUGUAAAUAAUUAAUUUAUUCGGUUUAUGGAAGCCGUGCUCGGUUUUUGAACUCAUAUCAAAUGAAACUGUUCACGUUCAUCAUCCAAUCGUCAUAUUUGUAAAUUCAUUCAUGCUAUGAAUACUGUUUUAAUGAGUCUAUCAUCCUUUCGUUCUUAAUAGCUGCAUGUUUGUAAGACUAAACAUGUUUCUAUUAAGAAUCAAAAGAAAUCAUAUAUUCUAUUUACAUACCAGAAUUUGUUACUGUAAUGAUUGUGUAUUUUGACUAAUAAGCACAAUUUUUUCUAGCAAGCACAUAGAGAUUAUGACUUGAAGUCCAUUACAAAUAAUAAUCAUGGACGGAAGUAUUAAGUGACACAUUGAUCACUGGACGUAGUGACGGGACAAUAUAUUAUGAUGGAGGGAUGUUUGAGAUGAGAGGUCAACAAUCAACAUGAAAAGUAUUGUCCACUGAGUAAUGUUGGACCUGAUCAUAGUGCCAGGGUGGAAAUAUAAGAGGUGCUGUUCUUACAGAAUUUUUCAAGUGCUAAUUAAAUCAUUAGGAGUUGAAAUGGCUGACAGUUACAGUAGACAUUCUCAAAACAAAUCAACAAAAUAUCAAAAAGAUGCUAAUAUGAUGAAAUCCAAAUCUAGAAGAUCAAAAUAUUCCGAUCAGAAAUACCAUAAAGUGGAGUCCAAAACACCUCCAUUGCCCACAAGAAGCACUUCAACAUUAGAAGAUUUGAUAAAGAAAAGAGAAUCUCUCAAACAAGAACUAAAAAAAAUUGUAAAGCAUUCUGAUACUUCAACAAAUAAAGAUAGCAAAAAACGUAGGCAUUCCAAAGAAGACUAUGCUUAUGAAAUUAUUAGUAGUAAAAAGAGCUAUAAAGAAAAUGAGACUAAACCAAAUACAAAUUCUAAAAGAAAAUCUUAUCACGAAUCUUCACCUGAAGUAGAACAUGUGCAAGCAGACUCAGAAGAUGAAGAAACUAUUAUACAGCGGAGAAGACAGAUGCGAAAACAACUUUUAGAAAAACUGAAUGUUUCACAAGAUAAUAAAAACAGUGGGAACAGUGAACCUGACACUGAGGAAACUUGCUCUGAGGCUCAAACCAUCAAAAGUAUUACAGGCAAUGAAGUCACUCACAAUAUCUCUAAACAAGUAACAGACAUGUUUGCAGAAAAAGAUGACUUUGAGUCAAAUGCCACAUCUAAUAAUGUAACACAUAAUGACAACGAAUCUAAUUUAAAUUUAACUGAUAAUUGGGAUGAUACAGACGGGUACUAUGUUAUACGUAUUGGUGAUGUCAUCAACAAUAGAUAUACAAUUAAAAGCAUUUUGGGACAAGGAGUGUUUGCAAAUGUUGUUAGAGCUCAAGACAAUGAAGACGGUAAUGAUUAUGUGGCAAUCAAAAUUAUUAGAAAUAAUGAUCUAAUGUAUAGAACAAGUCUCAAAGAGAUAGCCAUACUAAAAGAAAUAAGACAAGCAGACCCUGACAACAAAUAUCACUGUGUUCAGUACUUUGGACAUUUCACACAUAAAGGCCAUCUUUGUCUGUUGCUUGAAUCCCUACACAUGGAUUUAAGAAGCGUUAUUAAGAAAUAUGGCAAACACCAUGGCAUCAACUUAAAAGCUUUAAUAAGUUAUAGCAGACAGUUACUGCUGGCAUUAAGACUACUCAAGAAACUUGGAAUUAUUCACGCUGAUAUCAAGCCUGAUAAUAUUUUAGUUAAUGAAAAGAAAAACAUCUUAAAGUUAUGUGAUUUUGGCUCAGCAACAAAGUGUGAUGAUAAUGAGCCCACCCCUUAUUUAGUUUCAAGGUUUUACAGAGCACCAGAAAUUAUUCUUGGUGUGCCAUACAAACAUGGUGUUGAUGUAUGGUCAGCAGCAUGCACUAUUUUUGAAAUGGCUACUGGGAAAAUUAUGUUCACAGGAAGUUCCAACAAUAAAAUGUUGAAGUGCUUUAUGGAUUUAAAAGGAAAAUUUUCCAGCAGACUUAUAAAAAAAGGUAAAUUCAAAGACCAACAUUUCAAUUACAAUAACAAUUUUCUUCUUCAUAAAAAAGAUGAAUUUACUGGCAGAGAAAAAGUUGUUGAAAUGUACAAUAUUCCUAUUACUAGAGAUAUACUUUUUGAGCUCAAGAAAUCUUAUAAGAAUGCAUUUGUGAAUGAAGAAAAAAAACUUAUACAACUAAAAGAGUUACUUGACAGAAUGACAAUGCUAGAUACUAGUCAAAGAAUAUCAGUGACUGAUUGCUUAAAGCAUCCUUUCAUUUUAGAAGACGUUGAGAAAGAUACCAUCAAAAAACAAUAAACCUGUUAUUUUGUUACAGUAAGAUAAAGUUUAAUAAAACAAUUUUUUCAAUAAAAGUAUUUACUUUAUUAACUUCUAAGAGACAAAACAACAAAAAUAUAUGCCAUCAACCAAAUAUCACUUAAGGUUUUCAUCAUAUAAUAUGGACUAUCACAAUUUAAAAAGAAAAUUGACUUGGUCAUCAAUGGUAUUAAACUGUUGUGUAGAAUUGACACGACCACUUCAGACCUGUAACUUCUGAGUACUCCUUACAAGCACAAAACUAUUGAGAGCAGAUACUUGACUUUCAAAUUGUUGUUGUAAAUAAAAAUAGGCUUAUGUAUACAGAAUUUGGUUUUAUUGAGUGCUUCUGUUUGAAAAUCCUCUAAACUAAUAAUUUUCAAAACUUAUAAAAUGUAUCUCAGGUGGGAAACAUUAUUUAUAUUGGUAACGAAAUUGGAGUAGGCAAAAAGAAAGUACUUAGAUAAUUAUGUAGUCAAAACUUCUUACAAUAGAUGAUACUAAACUGAAAUAAAAUUAUAAAUAUCAAUUGAUCACCACUUACGACAUAAUUAUAAAUACAAUAUAGCCUUCUUUAAACCUAUAUAAAACACAUUGCUUACAUUCCAAGUUUCGCCGUAUUAUAUCUCACUCUAUUUCAUCAAAAAAUAAAAAUAACAACAAAAGUAAGUAGACAUAAUGCAUCACAGUACAAAUAACACAUAAACAAACCAA